CCACAACAGAAAGCUCGCGGGCCGAUGCUGGACGACUGGCUUGAGGCCGCCCUGGCCGAGGCCAUGGGCUUCGCCGAGGUGCAGGAGAUCGCCGCCUUCAUCCGGUCGCUGGCGACGCGCGACGAGAUGCACGACGCGCUCAUCAACAUGUUUGGCGACGAGAAGGCCGACGUCGCCGCGUCGCUCGCCGACCAGCUCGUGGCCGAGCGCGACGGCCCGGUCGUGGCGGUCGUGACAAUGGGCCCGAUCAUCAACUGCACAGGCUGCGGCAAGAUCGAGGUGGACGGCCGCGACGACUGCUCCUUCUGCGGCAAAGCGCUCGAGUACACGGAAGACCCGCGCGACGCUCCCGACGUCGUGGCCGCGCGCGAGCACCGCGACCGCCUCCUUGCGCUCGAUGCAACCCAGUCCCAGCGCACGACGGUCAUUGAUGCCAAUGCGCAUUUUGAUGCGGACAAGCGGAGUCGGGAGGCGCGGACCGGCGCCGCCGUCGUAGACAUCGACCUCGUCAACCGUACCAUCCUGCGACGAGCGCCCAUGAGCGACGAGAGCGCCGCCAUGGUCGAAGGGACCUGAAGCAGCUCGAGCGCGAGAGCAAGAAGGCGCCCCGCGGACCACAGACCGACUUUAGCGUCGCCGUCGAUAUGGACGACGACGACACCGCUGGCAGCUACUUUUGAUUGAGAAGAUGUUGCAUUAUGUAGCCUUUGUGUGCAUUGAUGGUCGGC